AUAAAAAAUAAACGGCAACCUAAGGUUACCAAAGAUGUCUCAAGUUUAGAAUCGAUAGAUUCUUGCAAUGAAGAUGACAAACCUUUAAUGUACCUUGCCAAAGAGGAGAAAAAUAAUAAAAUAGUGAACAAGACAUUAAGUACUACUAUUAGAGAAAAAGAGAAGAAAGUAAGUUUUGACAUUGGUCCCCAUGAACAUGUGGCAUCUGAUUCUUAUGAACCACAACAAAAAAGUCGGCAACAGUACCCACACAGUCACAACUCUGCAAGACACAAAGAUGGACUUACAAGACGAUCAAUAGUUCACACUCGGUCACAUAGGAGGUCUUCAAUUGGUACUCGUGAAUUUGAGGAAAUUCCUCUGGGACCUGGUCGGCGACAUCGCAGUCGAUCCAUGCUAAAAACAGAUAGAGUGAAAAGACAGCGCUUGCGCACCCGCACGAGUCGACGGUCGGUGGCUGAUGCCUGCUAA